AAAUUUUUAGCAAGUUUUCUCCUGACGAUGACGAACGCCACUCGUGUAGGCUAAGGAAGUAGACAGUGGCCGUUGGACAGAGAACGGAUUCUAUGCGCUAUUAUUCCGUUGUGCCAACGUCUUGGUAUCAGAUCUUUUGGAUGGCGAGCACUUCGCAGCCACAUAUCACGUUCUGUGCAAAUUAAGCUUUCUGUGCAGGUGACCAUGGCCAACACUUAGUUCGUUAGUGGGUAUCAGUCGGUUGGUAUCAAUUAUUCUCUGUGUCGUUACAACGCGGAGUGCAAUAGCGGACAAUUGAGCGUGGCAUUAGUUCCGCAGGAAGUUAUCCUGUUUUGGCGCGAAAAUUUCAAAAAUGCUUUGAACCUACUCCGUGACCUGAUUUUGGAAAGUCUGUGCAUUGCUUGCCUUAGUCGAAGUGGUUACUGGAAUUUCGGGGAAAGAUACAUCUUCCCAGAGGACGCUAUAUCGAAAGCUGUGCAGUGUUUAAUGAAGUGCCUUAAUCCGUUACUGUAUUGUGCCUUUGUACACCUUCACCUGUGUCCGUUAUACAACUUUUAGUACAUAAUAUACUUGUUCAUAAUCAGUGGAUUAUCUCAGUGGAGUGAAGGCGAAUUGGGAGCAUUUAGGAGGUAGGAAGGAGAGUAGGCAUUUUCUACCCGAGCGGAAUUUUCAUUGAUUUCAAGUGAAUAUAGCAACCAUCAUCACGAAGCACGCACCAGCAAUCGGCCGAUGGGGCCGUCAAAGCCCCGGGCCGGAACCCGAGCCUCCACCACCGCUUCCGCCUCGCACAUUCAUUAGGCAAUCAAGUUUUACAAAAUUAGGAAAUAUGCUCAAUACGGCCAUGAAUGGUGCGAAAAAACCACAAAGUAAUGGCGAAACAUCGUGGUGCUUCUCACAAAUAAAAGGAGCUCUAGAUGACGAUGUUACAGAUGCUGAUAUAAUUUCGUGUGUAGAAUUCAAUCAUGAUGGCGAAUUAUUGGCUACCGGUGAUAAAGGCGGACGAGUUGUCAUAUUCCAGAGAGAUGCUGCAUCUAAAACGUCUAAUCCGCGACGAGGCGAAUAUAAUGUUUACUCGACAUUUCAAUCGCAUGAACCCGAAUUCGAUUACUUAAAAUCAUUAGAAAUAGAAGAAAAAAUUAAUAAAAUUCGAUGGCUUCGACGAAAAAAUCAAGCACACUUUCUCCUCUCAACAAACGAUAAAACAAUAAAACUAUGGAAAGUGUCAGAACGCGACAAAGCGUUCGAGGGUUACAAUACAAAAGAAGAGAAUGGAUUAAUUCGGGACCCGAGUUGUAUUACGACACUAAGAGUUCCUCAGAUAAAACCAAUUGCCCUUAUGGUGGAGGCAUCGCCUCGCCGCAUAUUCGCCAAUGCACAUACGUAUCAUAUAAAUUCGAUUUCCGUUAAUUCUGAUCAAGAAACGUAUCUGUCAGCGGACGAUCUGCGAAUCAAUUUAUGGAAUUUAGAAGUAACGGAUCAAAGUUUUAAUAUUGUUGACAUAAAACCAGCCAAUAUGGAAGAACUGACGGAGGUGAUAACGGCAGCGGAAUUUCAUCCGACCGAAUGCAAUGUGUUCGUAUAUUCAAGUAGUAAGGGCACAAUCCGAUUAUGUGAUAUGCGAUCGUCUGCGCUAUGCGAUCGACAUGCAAAACAAUUCGAGGAGCCGGAAAAUCCGACAAAUCGAAGUUUCUUCAGUGAGAUAAUUAGUUCGAUUAGCGACGUUAAGUUAAGUAAUUCGGGACGGCAUAUGAUUUCGAGAGAUUAUCUCAGUGUUAAAGUGUGGGAUUUGCAUAUGGAGACAAAACCUAUUGAAACUUAUCCGGUGCAUGAGUAUUUACGAGCUAAAUUAUGUUCUUUGUAUGAGAAUGAUUGUAUUUUCGAUAAAUUCGAAUGCUGCUGGAACGGAAAUGAUACAGCAAUUAUGACUGGAAGCUAUAACAAUUUCUUUAGAGUGUUCGAUCGUAAUACGAAAAAGGAUGUUACGUUAGAAGCAUCAAGAGACAUAAUUAAGCCGAAAACAGUUUUGAAACCACGUAAAGUGUGUACCGGAGGAAAACGUAAAAAAGAUGAAAUUAGUGUUGAUUGUCUCGAUUUUAAUAAGAAAAUUCUACACACGGCCUGGCAUCCACUAGAAAACAUAAUAGCAGUUGCAGCUACGAAUAAUUUAUUUAUAUUUCAGGAUAAAUUUUAGCUAACAGUGUUGUUAUUAAUAUUAACUUCCCUCUUCUACUACACAAACAAAACUGUUUAUUUUCAAUUCAUUCACUUUGUUUUUAGUUGUCGAAUUGAUUUAAUCUAAAAGAGAAAGAAUUGUUUCUAAAGAAAAAUUGAAAAUUUAAACAGAAAGUAAGGAAAUAAUGGAAAUACAUAGUGAAAAAAAAAUACCAAACUUACAGUUUUUACUCAUUCUUCAAUGUCCCAUUGCAAAAUUUCAGGAGUAAAUGAGUGGACGUGGACAACACCCUUUUCUAUUCAAUUAAAAUCGUGCAUGUUGUCAUUUACUCGCCGUCUCCUAACUAUUGAGUGAAAUUCAAAAGUCAAUAUGUAAAAACUAAUUUAUAACUUAUCAAUAGUGAACGCAUACAAACUACAAAAAUAAUUAAAACAAGAACAAAAAUCAGUUUUAGUUGAUUAAGGUUAUAAUUUAUACACAAGGAAGAUAACAUACACACGCAAACCUACUUGAGAAAUAUAUGAAAGAAGUAAAAUUAAAUCGAUCAUGAACUAUGCAAAAAUAAACGCGUUUCCAUACACACACACUCAACACUUAUAAAUAAAAAAAAACACAACAUAAAACUAAAAUUAAUUUCAUUUUUUAGUUAUAAUUUUGUUCGUGUAAAGUUCUCUUGUUUAUAAAAGUAAUUUACUAUUAAUACGAUUAGCAACUACUCUAUAGUUUCAUAUUAUGUAUAGUUCUUUUCAUAUAUAUAUUCCUAGCCUACUUUUUUUUAAAAAAAAGUCCACCAAUUAAAUUAGAGAAAUUUUGCUAUGUUGUAAACAGAAUACUGAAAUAAUAAUAGAAACAAAUCAAAAAUUGUUCGUUGAUUAUUCUGAUUACAAUGAUGGGCUUGAACGCCGCUGAUUUAUUUCCAAAAAGUCUGGACAGAGCUAGAAAGAGAAGAAGACGAAAAGCAAAUUAAGUUUAGAAAGCAACAAAUAUGAAAGAAGUUUCUGCUAAGAUUGAAUGGCCAUAUCCUUUAUUUUUUCAAAUUAUCCAUUUUUUAUAAAUAUAAAAUUUCUUUAAGUAAAUAUGAGAAGCUUAUUAUUUUCAACGUGA